CCAUAAACUUAUUGAAAUGACAAAAGGCUAUAACUUUUACUUAAUCUUUAUCAAUUUCAGACUCGUGGAAGAGAAACUCCAAGCUAUAACCAUGGCUUCUCUCUCAGCUACUACAACUGGAAUCCUCAAAUCCCCGUCGUCUUAUUUUCCGAUGAUCCUACUUAAAUCUCAACAAUACCCACAAUUCAUAUCUGUCCAACAACGCUGUCUAACCUCUGACAGAAAGACCAUCUUCAAAACGGCCAUUGGAGCUUCGAAUCCAAGCGCGUCAACUGGUCCUUCUUCGCCAGGACUUUACUCUGCCCAGAAAUUUGAACUCACAGCUCAAAACGUUGACUUGGUUCUCGAGGACGUACGCCCUUAUCUCAUUUCUGAUGGUGGUAACGUCGAUGUUGUGUCCGUCGAAGAGGGUGUCGUUUCUCUCAAACUCCAAGGGGCAUGUGAGAGCUGUCCUAGCUCUACAACCACCAUGACAAUGGGGAUUGAACGUGUACUAAAAGAAAAGUUUGGAGACGCUCUUAAGGAAAUCCGCCAAGUCUAUGAUGAAGAGGCGAAAGAGACAACUGCUGAGGCCGUGAACCGUCACCUUGACAUUUUGAGACCAGCCAUAAAGAACUUUGGUGGAAGUGUGGAAGUUUUAUCUGUUGAAAAUGGGGAUUGCUUUGUUAACUAUGUUGGCCCCGAGUCAAUUGGAUCUGGUGUCAAAGCUGCUAUAAAGGAGAAGUUCCCUGAUAUUAUAAACGUUAUACUCAAACAGUAGAGAUUUCCCUUUCUCAGAAAUUACUUGUUCUACAUUGUCACCAGAAGUAAAUAGUACAUUUAUUUAUGGAUAUAAUUUUGGGAACACCAUGUUAUUUCUUUGCACAUUUUUUUCAUGAAUGAUUAUGUGAAGACGUAUAAUAGCCCUUUUCACAUUAUUUAUACAUAUUAUUCAUGAACAA